AUGGCUGCCACUGUCCAACCACUGCUGCCACUGUCCUACCACAGCUGCCACUGUCCUACCACAGCUGCCAUUGUCCUACCACUGCUGCCACUGCCCAACCACGGCUGCCACUGUCCUGCCACUGUCCUACCACAGCUGCCACUGUCCAACCACAGCUGCCAUUGUCCAACCACAGCUGCCACUGUCCAACCACAGCUGCCACAGUCCUACCACAGCUGCCACUGUCCUACCACUGCUGCCACUGUCCAACCAUGGCUGCCACUGUCCUACCACAGCUGCCAUUGUCCAACCACAGCUGCCACUGUCCAACCACAGCUGCCACAGUCCUACCACAGCUGCCACUGUCCUACCACUGCUGCCACUGUCCAACCAUGGCUGCCACUGUCCAACCAUGGCUGCCACUGUCCAACCACAGCUGCCACUGUCCUACCACAGCACUCGGCUCUCACUGUAUUGCACUCGGCUCUCACUGUAUUGCACUCGGCUCUCACUGUAUUGCACUCGGCUCUCACUGUAUUGCACUCGGCUCUCACUGUAUUGCACUCGGCUCUCACCAUGUUGCACCAUAGACUGAUCGGAGGAGAGCGGCCUGUGAUGCCCUGUGCAGACGUCCCUGGAGCCUCAUCUGGAGCCUGUGUGUGA